GGAGAAGAGAGCCAGAUACUCAGCGAGGCCAAGAGACACUUGGAAGCUGUUGAACCUCCUCCGCAAGCCUACCUCCUCUGCAAGCCUACCUCCUCUCCAACAGCACCAUGAAGGUCUCCACAGCUGUUCUGACCCUGGCCCUCAUUGCUGCAGCCCUUUGCUGUCAAGUCUACUCUUCACCUGAUGGUCCUGCCACUCCGACCUGCUGCUAUGACUUCACCAGUAAGAAGAUUCCUUCAAAGCUGGUGGUGAGCUAUGGGGUGACCAGCAGCAGAUGUGCCAAGCAAGGUGUGAUCUUUAUUACAAAACAAGGCUACAACAUCUGUGCUAACUCAAAGGAGCAGUGGGUCCAACAUGUUAUGAAGCAAUUAGACAGCAAGAAAGCCAAGACCCAGAGUUCAUGAAGGCUACUGCUACUUCCUCUUGCUGCUGCCUGCUUAGAGAUCCAAGCAGGAUGGAAGAAUAAUUUAUUUCCCUCCCACCUCGCACAGCUGUUCUGUGUAACAUUUUAUUAUAAUUUAAAUAUGUUUUGUCUUAUUUAAAUUAUUGUUUUUUUAACUUUAUGUGUCACAAGAAUUUGUGCCUUAAUCAUCAUCAUCAUCAUUAUUAUUUGUAACCUAUUCUUAGGCCAGCACUUCACCUCUGUGCCUUCACUUUCUCAUCUAUAAGAUGGACGAGGUUACAUUCCUCUCCUCCCUCUUCAUAAAGAUAUUGUGAGAAUUGUAUUAAAAAUCCAUAAGAAAGGUGUUUGGGCCUUUUGCAGGGCUGUCACACCUUUAACCCAAGGUACCGAUAAUGGAUGUUAUUAUGGAAAACAAUACUACACUACGGCUAUCGAAUUUCCGUAGACAAAUAUAUUUUUGUUUAUAAAAUCUU